AUGAUUGGUGGACGAGUGACAUAUCUCUGCGGGUGUAGCUACUACACCCACCCUCAAGCAAAGCCAGUCUACCUUCCGCGUAUUGGCAUCAAAGUCCAUGCAACUAUCCUCUCGUCCGUCUCCAGAACAGUGCUCACUCAAACGUACACAAACCCAUCCAAGAACCCCCUGGAAGAAGUUUCAUACACCUUCCCGCUCUACGAUGGCGUCAGCGUAGUAGGUUUCAACUGCCUGAUCGGUGACCGCACCCUGCACAGCCGCGUCAAGCCACGCAAACAAGCCAAGGCGGAAUACGACGAUGCCGUCUCAAAGGGCGAGUCCGCGGCGCUGAUGGCCCAUUCGCUCAGUGCCUCGGAUGUACUCUCCAUCCGACUUGGGAAUGUUGGACCUGGAGAGACGGUUGUCGUAGAGAUUACGCUUGUCGGGGAGCUGAAGCAGGAUGCGCAGAGUGACGCGGUGCGGUAUACGCUGCCUAAUUCCAUUGCGCCGCGGUAUGGCUAUCACCCGGGGAAUAUGAGCAUGCCGCCCGAGGCAGAUGUGCAGGGUAUCUCGAUCACUCUGGAUGUACAGAUGGAGAGUACGGCUGUUAUCCGGGAGAUUCAGUCGACGAGUCAUUCGCUGAGUGUGGCGCUGGGACGGGUGUCGGCAUCGGCGUCGGGAUCCAGUGGGUCUGACAAGGCGUUCAAUCCGGCGCAGGCGUCUGUAAGUGUCAAUCUUAAGGAAGAUUGGACGGCUCUGGCUCGCGACUUUGUGCUCCUUGUCAAGGCGGAUGGACUCGACACGCCCCGGGCGAUGCUGGAGACACACCCGGUUAUCCCUACCCAACGGGCGAUCAUGACGACUCUUGUGCCGAAGUUCGGCCUGGAGCCAAUUAAGCCAGAGAUUAUCUUUGUGAUUGACCGCAGUGGAAGUAUGAUGGACAAAAUCGACACGCUCAAGUCGGCCCUCAGAGUCUUCCUCAAGAGUCUCCCGGUAGGAGUGUGUUUCAAUAUCUGCUCAUUUGGCAGCAGGCACUCCUUCCUCUGGAAACAGAGCCUUUUCUACACUGCCGAGAGUCUUCAGGAAGCUCUGAGCUUUGUCGACGGUGUCCGUGCAAAUAUGGGUGGAACGGAGAUGCAGGAGGCCGUCGAGGCCACGGUCCGCAGUCGGAUGAAGGACAAGGAAUUGGAAGUCCUGAUACUGACGGAUGGGCAAAUCUGGAACCAACAGACACUCUUCGGAUUCAUUCGCGAGACUGCAGCUGACAACGGUGCGCGGUUCUUCUCGCUUGGAAUCGGCAACGGGGCGUCGCAUUCGCUCGUCGAGGGGAUAGCACGGGCAGGGAAUGGCUUCUCGCAGAUGGUGGUGAACUACGAAGAGCUGGACAGGAAGGUAGUGCGCAUGCUCAAGGGAGCGCUGACGCCACAUAUUUUCGACUACAAACUGGAAAUCGAACAUGAUGACCCUGUCGAGGAGUUUGAGGUCGUUCUCCCGGAGCGGCCAAGGGCCAUGCCUGUCGACGAGGCAGAAAUGAAACAACAGCCGAUUUCUCUCUUUGAUGCAGACUACAAGGAGGACGAGCAAAAGACGGACGAAGAGGCCCUGCCGGUUCUUACACCUCCCCAAACCCUUCAAGCGCCGUACAAAAUCCCACCUCUCUACCCUUUCAUCCGAACCACAGCAUACCUCCUAGGUUCAGCAAACAUGCAGAAUCCCAAAGCCCUCAUUUUCCGAGCCACCUCAAAGCAAGGCCCGCUUGUCCUGCGCAUUCCAAUCAACGACAUUGGCACGGGAGAGACAAUCCAUCAACUUGCUGUUCGAAGAGCAAUGAUCGAGCUCGAAGAAGGACACGGCUGGCUCGCGGCCGCAACCAGCAACGGAAACUCAUUCGAUAAUCUCCAUCCCACCUCGAAAGAACGCAUCAUCGCCCGCGAAUGCGAGAAACUCGGAACCCAGUUCCAAGUAACAGGCAAGCGCUGCUCGUUCAUCGCUCUCGAGAAAGACAGCACCUCGGACCAGGAGAAAGAGACGGAUAUUGCCAACCUGCCUACUUCCAAGGCUACUGGCGAAGAAGGUGCCGUCUACCAGGCUAGCGGAGCAGUACCCGGCCCUCCUCACGCCAGGUGCAGGAGGCUAGCUUCAAAAGCGCAUAGAAUGAUAGCGCCGUCGCCGCGGCCACCACCACCGUCACAAGGGACCCCAUUCAGUGCAAGUUUACUAGCAAGAAAAGCACCAAAAUCGUCUUUGAGUUCAGAGCAGGGCUGGGCUAAGGCUCCAACGGCCAGGGAAGUUCCAGAGUCGUUAUUCGGUGCGCCUGGAAUUGCAAAAUUCGUGGAUACAAGGGUAUCACAACCUCCACCCCCGGCUCCAAAGAGGGGAUAUGGAUUUAAUGCUCAAAUGGACCCAACGGUGUGUCCUCCUGCCGGACCCGCCCACGUCUCGGAUUUGAUGGAGAUGGAUGGCGCUGUUGGGUAUACCCUGGCCUCUCCUAUCUUGUCUUCUACAUUCAGCAACGAGACGGCCGGGGCCGCAAGCCAGGUUCACAGAAUCAUUGCCUUGCAGUCGUUCGAGGGGUACUGGACAUGGUCCGAGGAACUGAUGAACGCCUUAAGGCUGGACGAGCGGGAUGUUCGUGCUCAGCUGAUGAAGCUAUUCCAGAAGGACAGUAGAGGCUCUAAUCUGACGGUCAUAGCGACCAUGCUGGCCAUGGCGUAUCUCUCCACUCACUGUGCGGCACAUCGUUCGGUCUGGGAAUUGGUGUACGACAAGGCCGAGGGGUGGAAGCGACAGCAGCUCGUGGAGAUGGGUGAGACGGGGAGUGUCCUCAAAGCGAAGGAGAAUGAGAUCACUGCCUUGGUAUGA